AUGUCCAUGGCCAAAUGUCGCGAACGCUCUAUGCUCUAUGAUGAUGCGCCCGAGGCUGUUGCUGCUGCGCCCCAACAACAGCAACCACAACAACAACAGAACUAUUUACCUCAAACAAGCUUGCUGAAAAUAGAACCAUUUGUUCCUAGUUUUAAUCAACGUCUACGUCGGCGUCCUAUUGGUCGCUCCCAUAGCACACUAAGCCACAAUGUCAUGCCCAAACGCAAUGCCACGCCAGCCCAACAGCAGCAGCAGCUGCCCACACAGCCUGAGCUCAUGGUGGGCCAUGGACAGCUCAAACGUAACUAUGCCGCUGGCGCUCAACUGCGUCAGCGUCUGCCACGUGGCAACAUACAACGCCAACGCUCCAAGUCGACAUCCAGCUCUGCUGCCAGCAACAGCUGUCGCCCGGCAACAACAGCAACACAGCCAGUGAGCGCUGCGCCAGCAGCAAGCACGCUGACUACGCUGGUGGGCAGCACUGGAGGCACGCUGGUGAGUGGCGCCAUAGUGACGCCACAGCCCAAUGGCAUUUGUCGCAUACAGCGGCUGGCCAAGGAGCGCGAGGAGCUGCCCGAUCGCAUAAACUACGAUCGACGCGGCCUCACUGCCAUACCCAUAUUCGAGCAGGAGCCCACACUGCGGCUGCUCUCGCUUCAACACAAUCUCAUCAACAUAUUUCACAUACCCAAGGAGCAGCCACUGCCGCUGCCGACGCAGGCAACCAACAACAGUAACAACAACAGCAAUGGUAACAAUGUGGAGCAACGUAGCAGCUUGCUGCGUGCUCAUGGACCAGCGCCCUCGCGUCUGACGCGCGCGCUGAGCAACGCCUGCAAUCCGCAUACACAACAGCAGCAGUCACCCAAGUCUGGCAGUCCCAACUCGGGCAGUCCGUUGACCACUCAAGCACUGGCCAUCAAUGGCACCAGUGGCAAUCGCUCCAAGCUGGCUAAACGCGGCUAUAACUACGCGCCCGCACAGUUAACUCCUCCGCCCGCUUUACACCUGCGUUAUGGCCUGGAAAAGUCCAAGAGCUUUGUCUCCAGCAGCUUGCAGGCAAUGAAGCAGCAGCAGCAGCUUAUGCAGCGACGACAACUACUCAAAGCCAUUGGCGGCGCAGCUGUUGCAGCUGCUGCUGCUGGUGGUGGCGUGCAGCAAAGCUGCGAUGAAUCCAACAACAGCUUAAUGUCGCUUUGUGGCGGCGGCGUCGGCGUCGGCGAGGAGGAGGAGUCUGCCAACUUACAGCUGGAGCAGCUCACUAUAAAAAACAAUCAGUUGAGCUUGAGUGCCAGCUAUGGCAACAUAUUCGCACAGCUGGUGUUUCUCGAUCUCUAUGACAAUCAGAUUGAGCGCAUUGCCAAUCUGGAUGGCUUGCCAGCGUUGUCGGUGCUGCUGCUCGGCAAGAAUCGCAUCACGGACAUUGGCGGCUUGAGCUGCCUGCAGGCCACGCUGCGUGUGCUCGACCUGCAUGGCAAUAAGCUCACCAGCCUGGGCAGUCGCAUCAACUGCCUGCAUCAGCUCAAGUCGCUCAAUCUGGCGGGCAAUCAAAUCAGACAGAUAAACCAGCAGGACUUUCAAGGCCUGCGCUGCUUGCGCGAACUAAAUCUGAAGCGCAACAAGCUGCGCCGCAUCAAUGGCUUUCAGCAUUUGCUGGCCUUGGAGCGUCUCUGGCUGUGCCACAAUGAGCUGCACAAGGUGGAGGACAUGGCAAGCAUAGCCAGAGCAGCCAGAUUGCUGGAGGUCACAAUUGAAAAUAAUCCUGUGUCAUUAGCAGGCGACUGUGUGUCCUUUUUGGUGUCACACUUGCCGCUGCUGCAGACGCUUAGCCAAAUGCCCAUAAGCGAGCAAGUGCGUCGUGCUGCUUUGGCCUGGCGGCAGCACAAGGAGCAGGCGCAGCAUACACAUGGCAGCUCCGCUGCCUAUCACAGCAGUCGGCGUGAGGAGGUCAUCUCCAAUGCGCGCACCAACUGGGAGCUGCUGCGCUGCAAGCAAACGCUGGAGCUGGGACGCAACAAGCCCAAGCUCACCAGCGAGCUGGCCAAGAUAAACGAAUCGAACGAAACACCGCUGGCAGAGGAAGUGGAACAGCAAGCUGAGGAGCCCGAAGAACUGGCAGCGGCUCUGCUCAAGCUGCCGCCUAUAAGCAAAAAAGAAGAGGAUGCCUGCUCGGAGGCGUCUAGUCUAGGACCCAAUGUAGACUCCUCCAGCUGCUACAGCAGCGACAAUGAGCAGCUGAAGCCAGCAACGCCGCAAAUGGAUGAGAACUGCAACAAGUUGCAAGCGCUGGAAAACGAAACGAAAUGCUCGCCAGUGAGCAGCAGCUCAGCCUCGCCGCCUGCCUUGACAUUGACGCCGCCAGCAGCGGCUACGCCAGUGCCCACAGCCACGCCUACAGCAACGCCUCCGCCCAACAAUUUAACGCUGCCGCUGCCCAGUCAACGACCUGGCAGCAGUGGCAAGCGUCUGCGUGCCACGCCCAUUACACAGCUGGGCUUGCAGGUGAGACAAGGCGGACCCAACGCCGCUGGCAACUACAAGCGCUACAUGGCGGGCAGUCUGGUGCGUGCGCAAACCAUCAGCAGCAGCAGCGCCAGCAACAGCAGCAGCAGCUGCAACAGCAAUACACGAAACAAACAAAGCAACAACAACAACAACGUGGUGGCUUUAAUGCCAAAAGCAGCGACGCCUGCAACGCCAGCGCCUGCCACGCCCACAACAACAGCAGCAGCAACGCCCACACCUGCUGCUGCCAUUACCGUUUCCAAACCCAGCGCUGCAGAGCGCGAGCGUGAGCAGGGCGGCGAUUAUCUCAUUGAAAUCUGCGGCAGAUAUCUCAACAUUUAUGGCCAAGGCGCGCUGCGCUUCAUUGACAAGCAAUGGAAUCCGGCCAAGGCCAACGAUGUGCAUACGCUAAACUUUAGCUACAUCAAUUUCAACAGCAUUGUCUGCAUGUUGAGUAGAAUCAAACUGCGCUUCCCACACGCCGAGCACUUUGUCUUCAGAGAAACCAACAUAAGCUGCUUGGGUCAGCUCAAUGCGCUGGCCGAGCUGCAGGGUCUGAGCACGCUGCUCAUCGAUGCCGAGGGCAAUGCUAUCAAUAGCAAAGCCAACUGGCGUGCUUAUGCCAUUUACAGGCUCUCGCACUGGGGACUGAAGCAACUCAAUGGGCAGGACAUAAGCGAAGCGGAACUGGAGCAGGCAACGGAGCUGUACAGUGGACUCUCCAAUCUGGUGCUGUGGGCCAUGCCCGACGGCAUGUUGCAGCCGCUGCUGGCCAGACUGCGUCUCGAUGAAAGCUGCAAUGCCAGCAAGCUGUCGCCCAAGGAGUGGCUGCUGCGAGCGGACAACAAAUCCCUGCGCCUUGUCGUCGGCAAGGAGGCGCUGCAGUGGAAGAAAACCAGCACGCCCAAUACGCCAGUGGAGCGUGAGCAGCAGCAAGCAGGCAACGCCAGAGAACGCGGCAGGCAGCACUUUGCGCUGCUGCUGGAGCACACCUGCAACGCCGUGGAGAAGCUGCACAAACUGGAGACGCUCUGGCCCAGUCUGCUGCUGGACAUAGUGCGCAAUACGCUGCUGGACUAUGCACAGCUGGACGUCUAUCUGCGGCAUCUGAUGAGCGAAGUAAUGAAGCCUUAGAUUUGCACCCAACACACACAACUUUUACUUUUAGGAUUACUCGUAUGUAAACUGUAAAGCAAACCUGCCUAAACCAAC